AUGAAUCGCUUUUUCAUCUCCGUUCAUUUUUUCUUCGUUGUCUUCUCGGCAACUCUGAUUUCUCAGAAUUCAGCAUUCACUGAUCCUCUUGAUGUCUCCGCUCUCCAGGAUCUAUACAGAACCUUAAACACCCCGCCGUUGCUGGAAAGAUGGAAUGGCGAUGAUCCCUGUCAGGAGUCUUGGACAGGAGUAGCAUGCUCUGGCUCAUCAGUUAUACACCUAAAAAUUCAAGGAUUAAACCUCACUGGAUAUCUUGGAGGCCUUCUCCACAAUCUACAGAACUUGAAGCACAUUGAUGUCAGUUCUAACAACAUAGUGGGAGAAAUACCAUCUGGUUUACCCCCAAAUGUCACACACAUGAAUUUAAGCCACAAUUUCUUGUAUGGACCCAUUGGCAAUGUGUUUGCUGGGUUAGAUGAACUCAAAGAAAUGGACCUUUCCUACAACAAUUUCACUGGAGAUUUGCCGAGUUCAUUUGGCUCCUUGAAAAACCUUGGGAAAUUGUUCCUUGAGAACAACAAAUUCACUGGAUCAGUCACGUACCUGGCUGCGCUUCCUCUCACCGAUUUGAACAUCCAGGAUAAUCUGUUUAGUGGGAUUCUUCCACCACAUUUUCAGUCCAUACAAAACUUAUGGAUUGGAGGGAAUAAAUUCCAAGCAGUGGACGACUCUCCUCCCUGGCCUUUUCCUUUGGACAGUGUACCAGUUGAGCAUAAUAGUACUCGUCCACCCAUAACGCAAAUGAAUGCCAUAGAGAACUAUGCUUCUGCUAAAGCAAUCAAGCACAAGAAGAAACACAUGGGCCCUGGAGGAAUAGCUUUUACAGUUGGUGGAGUAACAUUAUUGGUAGCUGGAUUGACACUCUUCAUUGCAACUCGUUUGAAUAGAUUACAUUCUGAGAGACUGAAGAACUUGGAAAGUGUUGAAAGAUCAUUCCCUUCUCUUCCAAUCAGUGACUCAAAAGAUAUCUCUACUACUGCUGUAGAUGAGAGCCUGCAAAUCCCACCUUUCAAUUCUGCAUCCCUUUUGGUUCCAAGGCGACUACCUUCCCAAAAUCAUAAAAAAAAUGGAGAAACAAGGAGGAGUUUUUCUGAAAGAGAAAAGGUCACUGGGAGGACAAAAGUUUAUACAGUAGCAGAGAUUCAGUUGAUUACAAACAGCUUCAGUGAAGACAACCUUCUUGGAGAGGGAUCUCUUGGUCCUGUUUAUAGAGCUGAAUUUCCAGAUGGAAAGGUUUUGGCUGUGAAGACUAUCACCAUGGCGGGCUUAUCUUUCAGUGAAGAGGAGAAGUUCUUAGAUGCAGUUUGCACCGCUUCCCGUUUAAAACAUCCUAACAUUGUUGCACUCAAAGGUUACUGUUUGGAGCAUGGACAGCAUCUCCUUGUCUACGAGUAUGUCAGAAAUUUAACUCUAGAUGAUGCUCUUCACAGUGAUGCAUACAAGCCUUUGUCAUUGACCAUCCGUCUCCAGAUUGCUCUUGGUGUUGCUCAGGCUCUGGCCUAUAUGCACUCCAGUUCCCCUCCUGUAGCCCACGGCAACUUGAAGUCUUCCAAUAUUCUGCUAGAUGAAAAUCUAAUGCCUCGUGUUUGUGACUGCGGCUUGACUAUUUUGAGACCACUGACAAGCAACAAGGUCAAAACUCGAGCUUUGGAGAUUUCUAUCAGAGAUGCAGGCUACAUUUCACCAAACCAUGGUCAACCAGGAACUAACAGCUGCAUAGAAAGUGACGUCUUUGCAUAUGGGGUGUUGCUUUUGGAACUAUUAACCGGAAGGGAACCUUUCGAUGGUUCCAGGCGGAAGGAAGAGCAAUAUCUAGCUCAAUGGGCUUCAUCCAGGCUUCAUGAUAGCGAGACCUUGGAACAGAUGGUGGAUCCUGCAAUUCAAAAGACAUUUUCAUCCAAGGCUCUUUCUCGUUAUGCUGAUAUACUCUCCCUCUGCCUACAGCCUGUAAAGGAAUUUCGGCCACCAAUGUCUGAAAUAGCAGAAUCACUUGCUUCUUUCAUGCAACGGCUCAACGCGUCAAAGAGCGGCGCAGCAGAUAGGAAUGGACCAGUGUCUGAUCCGCUCGAGAGGUCUUUCCGGACAACUGCAUCUCAUUUUAUUGCUUCACCCACAUUGAGCUACGUGUCCGCCUGAUGUUUUGAACUAACUCGGUGACCAAAAAAAGCAUCCACACUUCCAGUGAUUUCUUUCAUUGACAUUAACAUGCCAGAAACUUGCAUAUCCCUGACCACUCUUCGACAUUUUAAUUCGUUUAUACAAUA